AUGUAUCUUUGUAUUCUACUUAUUCUAUAUAAUGGUACUAUCUCAUCGAAGAGACCUUAUAUCAAUUAUCGAACUUCUGCAAGUGCAGCGGACAUUGCAAUUGAGCGAAUAAAACGAGAAAACCUACUACCAGGUUACGAUUUCAACUCGACUAUUUUGUUCGAUGACUGUGAUGAAGCGCAAUCGGCUGGGAAAACUGUUGAACUCAUUCGUCGGUAUAAUGCCGAUGUCAUUAUUGGUCCAUCUACAAAUAUUGCAGCAUUUCCGGCAUUUUCAAUUGUUACCUACUAUAAUAUUCCCUUAAUUACAUGGGGUUUGACUAGCGAUACCGAAUUGGACGAUGUAUCUCGCUAUCCAACAGCUGGAUUAAUCUCAGCGACCUCAAGAAGUUUGGUAAUGGCUUUCCGCGAAAUGUUGAAAGAGUUCAAAUGGAAUCAAUUCGUAUAUGGAUACUCUUUAAUUGAUGAAGAUGAUAAAUGCGUGCCGCUACGAGAUGACCUACAAGCAAUGGUUUCCAAAUAUGGAGAUAUGACCCUCUCAUAUAGUUAUCAGAUAUUGGAUGAUUCGGAAGAGGGGAUGCUGAAAGCGUUGAAGGAGCUUUCAAAAAGAGGCCGAAUUAUCGUUGUUUGCUUUCCUGAAGGAAAUACACGGGGCAUUCACAGAAGGUUGAUGAUGGUAGCCGAGAAGAAUGGGUAUGCAAGCGAUGAAUAUGUUUACAUUCUACCGUCGCUUCGAUCGAAAGGCUAUAAUGUAUUGAAUUCUGAUGGAACGACGAGACCGCCUUGGAUACAAGCCAGCGGGCCUAACGAAAACGACGAACUCGCGAGAAAAGGAUUCUUGAGGACCAUUUUUAUUUGUGAUAUGCAAGGACAAGGCCAACAAGCUACGAAUUAUUCAGUAUUCGGUGAAGAGGUGAUUUCGAGAAUGAGGAAACCGCCGUACAACUGCGUCGAAGAAUGUGCGGAUGAAAUUUAUCAGAAUGCGGCGACUUAUGCUGGACAAUUGCACGAUGCAGUUUAUUCGUAUGGGUUGGCAAUGAGCCGAACAAUUAAGACGAGCCCACAAAAUUACAAAAAUGGAACGUUUUUCUUAAAAAAUUUUCAUCAAAAAUUCACGGGUGUAUCGGGAAACGUUGAAAUAAAUAGUGACGGUGCCCGUAAUCCAACGAUGUACAUUUUGACUCUUGAUAAAAAUAGCACUGCAUUUAUUAUGGGAACCGUAGUCGUCACGAAUACAGAAGGAUUUCUGAACAAAACGUAUACGGAUGAAGGAUCUGCUAUUUGGCAUUCUAGAAAGAAUCAGAAGCGACCUCUUGAUGAACCUGUUUGUGGAUUUACGGGAUUGAAUUGUAAGCCGAGUGUAUUUAUCGAGUACCUUGGUUGGUUUGUUGCUGGAAUUGUGAUAGUUUCAUUUGCACUUAUUGGAGCAUUGUCAGCAUUUAUUGUAACAAUACGAAUGAAGCGAUUAGAAGUUGAGCGACAAAAUGCGUUGUGGCAAAUCCCGUUUAAUUCAAUGAGUCCAGCAACAAAGAAAAGAGCCGAUCAAAGUAUGAACAGUUUAAGCAGUGGUCCCAGUACGAUUUCAUCAUCAAAAUCUGGGGUCUCAUUCGAAGCUGCUGAAAAAAGACACUAUCUGUUCAUGACGAUACAAAACGGAAUGGAGCUUGAACGAGUUGCAGCUCGAAAGCACAAUGUUCGACCGAUAUUUGAUAAGCAUGAGUGUGCCGAAAUGAGACAGCUUCUUCAAGUCGAUCAUGCAAAUCUAAAUAAGUUCAUUGGAUUAUCGUUGGAUGGUCCCCAAUUAUUGUCGGUAUGGAGAUAUUGUUCUAGAGGAAGUCUGGCUGAUGUAAUUCGAAAAGCGACAAUCCAAAUGGACGGAUUCUUCAUUUAUCCAUUAAUGAAGGAUAUUGUCACUGGAAUCAGUUAUCUUCACAAUUCUCCAAUCGCUCAUCAUGGAAUGCUUACUUCCAAAAACUGCCUUUUGAGUGAUCGAUGGCAGAUGAAAAUAUCCGAGUUUGGAAUCAGAAAAUUUCGAAUUAAUGAUCAAUAUUCGAAAAACGAUUUUUUGUGGACAGCUCCUGAACAUUUGAGGAAUGAUAAUUUGGAUGGAAGCAAAGAAGGAGAUAUUUACAGUUUCGGAAUAAUUAGUGCUGAAUUGGUUACACGGAAAUCUGUUUUUGAUAUUGAAAACCGAAAAGAAGAUGCUGAAGAAUUGCUCUAUUUGAUCAAAAAGGGAGGAAUGAAGGCCCCACGUCCAGAUUUGGAAUUCGAAGAAGCCAUGGAAAUAAAUCCAGCAUUGCUUCACCUCAUUCGUGACUGUUGGACAGAGAGACCUUCCGAGAGGCCCACUAUUAGGGAAGUGUAUUCUCAGCUGAGAGGAAUGAACAACAACCGAAAUGACAAUCUGAUGGAUCACGUGUUCAAUGUGCUCGAAUCGUAUGCUUCUACUUUGGAAGACGAGGUGUCUGAGAGGAUGAAGGAAUUGGUUGAAGAGAAGAAAAAGUCCGACGUACUCUUAUAUCGAAUGCUCCCCAAACAAGUGGCCGAUAAACUGAAACUCGGACAAACGGUUGAGCCAGAAACAUUCGACAUGGUUACUUUGUUCUUCUCCGACGUCGUCAGCUUCACGACACUCGCUUCGAAGUGCACCCCGUUGCAAGUUGUCAAUCUGCUCAACGAUCUCUAUACGAUAUUCGACAGCAUCAUUGACCAACACGAUGUCUAUAAGGUGGAGACAAUCGGAGACGGCUAUCUGUGUGUGUCCGGACUGCCCCAUCGGAAUGGCAAGGAGCAUGUCCGACACAUUGCCAGCAUGUCUCUGCUCUUUGUAGGAGCUCUUGACAACUUUCGAGUCCCUCAUCUUCCGACCGAACAAAUUCGAAUUCGUGUCGGAUUUCAUAGCGGUUCUGUGGUUGCCGGAGUUGUUGGACUGACGAUGCCGAGAUAUUGCUUAUUCGGCGAUGCUGUGAACACGGCGAGUCGAAUGGAGAGUAACAGCAAACCUGGAAAAGUGCACAUCUCGAGUGAAGCUAACCAACUGCUCACCGAGCUUGGAGGAUUUAUCACCGAACCCAGAGGGGAAGUUAUCGUUAAGGGUAAAGGAGUUAUGCAGACUUAUUGGCUUUUAUCAAUGCUGGAACACGGCGCACCAAAAUUAAAGAAAACUUAA